AAUCAACAUAAUUUCUGCACGGCGUCUGUCUGUCUAGGCCUUGUUCCAGCGUUUUUCAGCAACAAACACCUGCUUUUAUACGUUUUGCAUCGGCGUUUUAUGGAUACUGAUAUUAAAUAUGGUUGGUUCAGUUUACCUCAAGAAUGAUAGUAAAAGCGUUGAGAGCGAAUUCUCUGAAACAUCAACAAUGACGGAGGCAACCGAAGCGAUUACGUCUUCAUUUUACAGUAUGAACAGAGGAAAUUUACUAUAUAAUAAAUUAGCUGAAGAUUUCAGCAUUCAACCAUGGAAUUGGCCCGAUUCGGCUUCAGACCAUCUGGGUUCUAUACUUCGUAUAGUUUUGGCUUCGGCUGCUUGCGUCGUCUGCGUUCUGAUUCUAGUAGCAGUAAAUGGAUCAAAGAAACAUCGUUGUACCAGUCUGGGGGUAAUUGUUAGCAGCAUGUGUGUCUCAAUUAUAGCUCGAGGUUCCAUAUUGGAAUUUAUUAACACAUUUAAAGGUUUCCGUAGCUGUGACGACUUUGACCGAGAACAAUGCCCUCAGAGAAGUAACAUUAUAAACCUAAUUCUUACUCUUCAGGGCGCUCCAAAGCAAAAGUGUUCAUUUGGUCACUUCUGCUAUAAAUUUGAAUAUAAAGUCGAAUGCCCUCUUUGGAUAGCCAUAUCGGAAGCCGUUGACAUGACACUCCCUUUCGCCCUGUUAGCUGCAUCUUUUGAGAGGCUAAGGGUUGGAUGUGGUGGUAGAACAGGCUAUUGCGCAUCUAUAUGUUUUGUGCUGUUUUGCUGGCUAUGGCCGUUUCUUUCGGCUGCUGGUAUAUUCUACUUGCCAGAAGUGGUCAAUGUCUUGCCCAAGUUGGUCGAGAGUACAUGGAGAAAAAGUGGAUUUACUGACUGUAGAGUAGUCUACAGUUGGAUCUAUUGGAUAAUAACGGGUGGAAUUAGAUUAUUGCCGCCUCUAAUCUGUUUCUUAGCCGGUUCUAUCGUACUUUGUACAAAAAGGGCUAAGCUCAAGUGUACUCUACUAGUUACCGCUCUCCUCAAUCUAUUUUACAUCAUCUUCAUAGCUCCCCAUUACGUUGUAACACUAAUAUUUCAUAAGGAAACCGUUUUGGUGGCAGCGGUCCUGACGAGAGUUUUCAACCUACUCGCUCCUCUGAUGUUCUUCUUGUACGAUGACGUUAGAGAAGCGACUCGUCUAACACUAUGCGGAGCAUCGGAUAUCGAAGACGGUAGUGAAGAGGAUAGAACGCCUAUGAAACAAGAUAUGGAUGAAAUGGAAAUUCCUGUUCCAACAGCUCCAAAAUAUGACGAAAAUGUUCCGCUCAAGGCUUCUCCCGAUGAUUAUUCUAUUUAAGUUGCUUAAAAUAUUUCAUUAAUCUUUUCUUUUUUACUUUUUUGAAACGAGGCCGUCACCGGAUUUUUUUUUUAAUUCCCCUUAAAAGAAAAAAAGAAAUCAAAAUUAUCUCAGUUCUGAAAGAAUUCAACUAAUAUACAUACAAAAACUUUUUACUUUAUGCUCAUUCAUAUAUGUAUAUAAGCUAUAUCUAGAUAGUUUAUGCAUAUAUAUUUUUAUAUAUGUAUAUGUAUAUAUUUAGCAUUUGUGUAUAUAUAUAUACCUAUACAUAUAUGUAAGUAUAUAGACACUUUACAUCCGUAUGUGUAAUACCUACAUACAUAUACGAUUGUAUUAUUUUAUUUAUUCUUGAUCUUGUAAAAUUCAGGUAUUAAUCGUGAAGCUUUGCUCGGGUUGUUGCUAGGGCCUUGUAAUUUAUUUCUCCCUGAGAUUGUUCUUUACCUUGAUACUAAGCUAAAUUAAACUUUGUGAAAGUUUAGAUGGUCAGUUUUUUUUCUUUUUUUAAAUUUAUUAAUAUGCAAUAUGUAAAUGGGAAAAAAAUGGAAUAUGAAUAUUCAUGAAUAUAUAUAUAUCUAUAUAUAGAUAUAUAUGUAUAUGUAUUGCAUAUUCACUUGUUCAUACUCAUUUAUUUAUAUAUGUAUAUGUAUACAUAAGAGAAUGAGAGAUAGAGAGGAGCGUAUGAGGAAAAAGAAUAUGCAUACUUUUUUUUUAUUCUCUUUUUGAUAUGAAAAUUCUUAAACAAAUAUGAUAGAAAAUACGAGUAUUAAGGAUGAAAUUUCUUCAGAAUGGCAUAAAAAAGCAAGACAACUAUUUAAAAAAAUAGAAAAGAAAGAAAAGAAAAAAAAAUUUUGGGCGAAGACAAACAAAGCAUUCAACUUAAUUUAGCUCUACUUCUUUCUUUUUAUUAAUUUAAUUCCCUUCCUGGAAUUAAUUUCUCUCUUUUUCUCCUUUAUUAUAUAUUUAGACACGGAGAGAGAGAGAGAAGAAAAAAUCGAAUAUUUUUUACCCUUUUCUUUCCUAUUGAAAAGAGUAUAUGUCAAUUUCUUUCUUCUACUUUAAGAAUGAGUUUUUGUAUAUAGCUUUUCCUGAAAUAAUACUAAAAUACUUUUUUCAUAGCUUAUUUUUUUUGAUAAGAAAGAUAAUAGGAAAGAGGAGAAGGAACAAAGGAAUUUGGAAUAUUUUUCUAUCUUAUUUACUGUUUUUCCAUUGUAUAUUUUUAUGCAUCUGUCGUUAUUUCAGUUAUUUAUUUAUGAAAGUAAUUUUGUAAAAACAAAUGAGAAAGGAAAGGAAUUGAAGGAUUUUAUAGAAAACCUUCUAUUUUUUCAUUUUGAUUGACUUUUUUUCUCUUUAUAUGUAUGUAUUUUCCAUUGGGAAUGUAGAAUAAUAAGAAAUUCGAUUUGAAUCCAGACAUAUGAAAUAUUUUUUCUCUAGAUCUUGUCAAUCAAUAUCUUUCUUUUUAGAAAGUUAUUACUGAAAGAACAAAGGAUAUAGGAAACAAACUUCCAUAUAGAAGUUUCAACGAUUGUGCAUGUGAAACUAUGUAUAUGUAUGAAAAAAAAAAGAUUCUACAAUGUAGCGUUGAAAGAAAAACUUAAAGAGUUAAAGAAACAUCAAAAGUAUUGAUACCUUAAAAAAGAGGAGAAAAAAUAAGUGUCUACAUUCCGAACAGCCAUGCAAAAAUUCCUUUUUAUGUAAAUAUUUUCGCUUAGCAACCGCCCUAGAUAAAAAUCAAGCCUUGAAUCCGGUGACAGUCGAAAUUUAAAUACAAAUGUCGAAGAAUUUUUAUUCAUAGUCUUUAUAUAUGUAUAUAUAUAUAUAUAUACUGUAUAUAUAUAUAUCUAUAUAUAUAUGUAAUAUUGCUUUUAUAUACACUAAGGAAAGAUAACUAUGCUUUUUAUUUUCUUUUGGAAUAUUAAUAUUUCCUUUUUGGCAUAUUCACCUCGCUAAAAGAAAUCUACUAUGAAAUAUGUUGAUAAUGAUAUGAAUGUUACAAAAAUUAUUAAGCAAGCAAAACAGAAAAAUUUGGAAAUUGAACAAAAACAAAAAAAAAAUUGAAUUUUUUGUUUUUCUUUUUUAUUUAAAAAACAAAAACAAACAAACAAACAAAUAAAAAGUAUACAUAUAUAAUAUACAUUUUUUUUAUUUAUUAUAAGCUAUGUCUGUAGCUGCUUUGAAUGUUGUUGUAAUUUGUAAUUAUGAAUAACAAAGGAAGGUUAUUAAAAGAAAAAAAAAGUUGAAAAUGUUAGAACAGUAUAAUCUUUUUUCUCUCGUUUUCUUUAAAAAGAAAAUCAACAUAUAUGUCAAAUGGUAGUGACAGAAAUAACAUGUACAGUACAUAUAUAUAUAUAUAUAUAUAUAUAUAUAUAUAUAUAUGAAGGGACAUGUUUUUACUUCUACCGGUUCAGAAUAGAAUUCGUCAGACUUUAUUAUUAUUUUUUCAUCUUUUUACAAUCUCCAAUAUAGAGUAUUCAUUAGUAUAUAUAUAUCUUCUCUUCAGUAUAUUUAUGCUAAAAGUUUACUCUUUUUGAUUGAUAUGUUACAGAAAUUUUUUUGACCAUUUGGCAUUGAAAAAAGUAAACGCAAAAAUGUAAUCAAUUUUUACUUUAGGACGCCUAGCUAACUAUAUUAUCUCGUUGCUAAUGGACCCAUUUAUAAACCGUCUCAAACCCUAUCCAUUAUUUAUUCAGGGCUUAAAAAACACACUAUGUAAAUAAUUUUAGCUUAUUUCAUCUACAAAAGAAACAGUCACGAAAAGCAAACUCGUUUAGUUCCUAUACAACGCAACUGCAAAGUCUGCAAUCGGGUAAAAUUGUACAUCGCGUAUGACCCAUACGUGACCCCUAACAAUCGAUAGAUCAUAGCCAAAGGUUGCUGUAUACGGUCAGCACCGGGAUUUUCCCUAAUGCAUCAUCAGAUUUUUGGAAAAUAGAUAGUAUAUUAUCUAAAGAAAAUAUAUAUGUAUAUCUGAAUUGACGAUAUGGAGUCACGUUUUCCUCUUUUCUCCUUAUUAGAACUUUGUAUACUGCAAGCUCCAUCGAUUUUUUUCAUUCUCUCUACUUUAUAUGCACUUUGUCGCUUUUCUUGUCUCUAAAAUGAAAGUUCUAAAUAAAAAAGUCUUAACAAAGAAAGGAUACGAAUCGUCUAAUCUUGUACUGUUAAUGCUUAAAUUAGAGGUGAAAAUACCCAGACUAUUGAAAUAAUUAGGGCAAGAUUAAGUGCUAGCGUUCCUGGAAUGUAUAAAAUAUUUAGGGCAGAUGGCCCUAGCUGUGUCAUCAUUAGAGUAAAAAUCCACUAUUCUAAUGUUUCCCGUAUAAAUUAGAAAAGACUCUGCUGCCAUCUGUCGGAAGAGCUACGAUAUCUUAAGGUGUAUAAAGACUGAGUAGUAUAAGAAAGUUAAGAUACCGUAUCAAAUACUUAUGGCUACCAUUUAUCGUUUAUUUGACAUAAUUGUUUUAUGAACUAUUCUUACAGCAUUACGUAUGAUAUAAUUAGUAUAGACAUAUCUAAAUAUAGAUUGUAUCAUCUUAAAUAAAAUACUAAAGAGGAGACAACUCUAUUCUAUUUCCCUACCGUGUUCUUCUAAAAUUUCAAACAGGAGAAAGAAGCCACGACAGUGAAAAGCUGCAAAACAUAUCGUCUUACAGUAAGAGCAUAUAUAACACUUUGCUGCCAGUGAAUAAAGAAAAUAUCACCUUUUCUUUCCUUCCUUCCCCCUUUCACCUUUACAAAAGAGAUCUUAAGUAAAUUAUACUGUAUUGGAAUCUCUGUAUGUUGAUUCUUAUUUCUUUUGUGAGAUCAAUUCAAUUAAAUUAUGGAAAAUAAAGAUAAACUGGUUGACAAUAAACCUUUUAUAGAAAAGACCUGAGUUCUGCUUCCAUUCGUAUAUUCUUUCUGUUUAGCUCGUAUUGAUUAUAAAUUUGAAUGAUUUCCUCCUCUCUUUUUAUACGUCUUGAUGAAAUUGAUUGUAUCCUAUUGUUAUUCCACUCAGAUUCAUCUCUCUGUCUCAGAAGUGUCUGUAUUACUAAAAAAUAUUAUCAUAAGCGUUUUUUCCUUGUCUCCUACAAAACAGACAAAGGCGCAGAAAAACAAUAUGAAAAAUACGUAUACUUUACAAAAAGAUGUAGUAAUUAUUUACACAAAUUACUUUAUUUUCAUUGAUUUCCUAACUAAACGAACAUGGAAACAAAAACAAAAGGGAAUAAGGAAUUAAAGGUAAAAGAAGAGAAGUCUACUUCCAAGGUUUAGCUAAAAUCUAAAAUAAAAUUAGAUAUAUGGUCGCUUUAUAUAUAAAUAUGAAAGAUUUUGCUGUUGGAAAGAAGCACCUGAUUCGUUGAGUUAUAACUUUUUAAUAAAUACUAUAGAGAAUAUACAUCCAUUAUAAGUGAAGAAAUUUUCUCUUGCAAACGUCACAAGGGUUUAUUAGCGAAAUUAUAAUUCAAUUUACAUCUGUCCAAAGAGGAUAAAUUUUUUAACUAUUUAUCCUCACAUAGAUUACCUAAAAUAGCAAUAUGGAUUACUAAUUAAUACAUGUAUACAGUAUAUAUACAAUAACAAUACCAGGAUAUUCUAAUGAAAAGUACCAAAUGCUUUUCCUUUGACAAAAGAAUCAAAUUUAUUCAGUUUCUUAAUUCAGUCAUGUGAAUUUUAUUCGCUUCCCUAACUUUUACCGGAUUCAUUAACGGUCGAUUAGUCAGCUUCUCUUACCAUUAAAUAAUAAGAUAAAGCAGAUAAACAGCGUUUUAUUCUGUUCUCUAUUUUAGUUAUUAAAGAGGGACAUAGAAAAUUAUUUAAAGAUAAUCAAGGAUCCUAAUUUUUAAGACAAAAUAAUUAUACAAUAUUCAAUCAUUGAUAUGAUAAUUUGCGCAUAACCGUAUAUCUUGACACUGAUAAGUUACAAGAACAUCAUCGAUAAUUAAUAUUCCUGGAUAUAUUAAAG